GCCUCGGGCUUAGCUCAACCCGACUAACUGAAAGCCCAAAAUCCAGUGAAUCCUACCCUGAUCUUUAUAAACUCCCUUAAACCCUAACUGCAUGUUAGGUUUUCAUAUCAAUCAGGAGUAGCAAAGAGCAGCAGUGGUUAUCCAACGUCAGAGAAAGAAAUGGCGAGAAUCAAGGUCCACGAGCUAAGACAGAAAUCAAAGACGGAGCUGUUGAAUCAAUUGAAGGAUCUCAAGGCUGAGCUUGCUCUCCUUCGCGUCGCCAAGGUCACUGGUGGUGCUCCUAACAAGCUCUCCAAGAUUAAGGUGGUGAGGUUGUCUAUUGCACAAGUCUUGACUGUCAUUUCCCAGAACCAGAAGGCUGCUCUUAGGGAGGCAUACAAGAACAAGAAGUUCUUGCCCCUUGAUCUGCGUCCCAAGAAGACCAGAGCUAUCCGCAGGAGGCUUACUAAGCACCAGCAAUCUUUGAAGACGGAACGUGAGAAGAAGAGAGAAAUGUACUUCCCCAUGAGAAAGUAUGCUAUUAAGGUGUAAGGUGAUAUCUUCAGGAGAGGCUGCUUUUAUAUUUUGCAAUUAUAAACCCAUUUGGUUUACUAGCUUUUAUUUGAAUUAUCUCUUGGUCUUGUGUCUGUAAACUUGGAAGGGUGCAUCUCACCAUUACCAGGAGCAAGAUUGAUGUUGACGUAUGAUUUCUUUCCAUGUUUCUUGAAUCCUUAGCAAUAGCUUGCCUUUACCUUUUGACCUAUGUUUUGUUUGAUUUUAACAUUGAGUCUCUACUUUUUACGUUCCGUUCGCAAUAACAUUAUACCUUUUGAUGCA